UUGUUUCUUUCAGAGAAAAUAGCAACGUUGUCCCCUACAGAAAAUACGUAUCAACUCUAUGAUGGUGUGGAGACGUUUGUUCUGUUCAUUGGUUAUCCUCGUAGUAGUCACAGUUUAGUUGGCGCCAUAUUGGAUGCUCAUCCUGAAAUCAUCAUUCCUCACGAGUAUAACCUUGUGGGUAAAUGGAAAUCAUUGUCAAAGACUGCAGCGCCGAAUAAAUAUUCACUCUUUCACGAGCUGCACAGCCUUUCUAUGAGUCAAGCAAACUUUGGAAUUCGGGCAAGUAAAAACAAUACUCGACUGACUGGUGAAUAUACGUACACAUAUCACGUGCCCGGGUUAUGGCAAGGACGAUAUCAGCAAAGAAUCAAGGUAUGAAAGCUCUAGCUAGAUCAGAUUCUCUCAUACCACUGCCCUUUGCCUCUAAGUACACCUUCUAUAAGAUCACCCAUAAAAGGCUAGAUUUAAGCACUGAAGUUGUUUCUUGUCGUCUGUUGCAAAGGAUAACAAGGACGAAGAUGGAUUGAAACUUGACUUUUUCCAGUUUUAAUGCCUUUGGAGGAAAAUGUGUGUGGAAAUUCUACAAUGUUUAAUUUUCUUGUUGCCAGACUUAAAAACUGUUUCCGUUAUCAAAAACUGGGUUUUUUAAGGUUAUAGGUGACAAGAAAGGAGGAAAAACUUCAGAGAUCUUUGCCAAUAACGACUCGAUGGAGACUCUCGAGGAAAUCGCUGAAGUUGUUAAUUUACCAAUGAAAUUCAUCCACGUAACAAGGAACCCAUUUGAUAACAUAGCAACAAUGACACUCCGCUUGGCGAGCCAGCGUAAUAAUGUGAGAGAAGAGGGAAUUAAGGUAAUAUUCGUCCCAUGUAAGGGAAUACAAGAUUGUCUUGUAUUCUGGAUUCCACCGUCGUGGAUAUCCGGAUUCCAGGCACUGGAUUCCAGUCUUUGUCAGUGGAACUUGGAUUUUGGAUUCCAAUCGCUAGCGGGAUUCCGGAUUCCUUGAGCUGUUUUCCAGAUUCCAAAGCCCAGGAUUCCGGAUUCCACAAGCAAAGUUUUCUGAUAAGAUUGGGACAGAGCUGCAGCGGGUAGUUAGGAGACUAUAAUUAGGUGUAGGGUUUGCCAUAUUGUUCGCCACAUUGCAACACAACGACCUACCACGGUCUUUCCUUGUUUCUGACAAUAGAGAUUCUCCAAGGAAUGACUUACAACAUUGUGGGGGGAGGGAAGGGGGAAGCGCAUCAGAAUACCCGCACUCGAUAAAUUGGAUGUCCACUUCAUUGAGAGGUGUUUCUCACAGAGUGUGUAUAGGCGAACUAAACGAUCAUUUUGGACCUCUUGUGCUCUCCGGGUUGAUCAAAAUAUGGUCAAAUUUCCGUGUAAAUAUACAACCUUCAGAAUCGUUCUGAUCUUCCCGAGAGCCAGGAAAAAAUUAAGGCAAAAUUAAUGAAUUUAGCUGAUCUCGACGAUAAUAUGAAAAAAAGCUCUACCAAUAUACAUUGCGCCAAAAAACUUCCAAAAAGGCACUAUGUGUAAAGAUGGGUAGUUGAACGCUUCCCAUUAUAACAACCUUUCCAUUCACAAAUUAGCAAAUAGCACUACCCUCAUAUGGAUUUCAAAUGCUACAUAAGACUACUAAUACUAUUUUUUUUUUUUCAUUCUUCCUUCGCAGUUAAAUAACACAAGAGGACUCAAUCUGUCUAUAAACUCUUACUUUAAAUUAGCGACUGCUAAUCAGCGCGUCCGGGAACGUUACGGAAAAGCAGUGAUCGAUAUUCCAGGACACGAAACAGUGCUCAGACCAAGAGAGACCAUACAGAAGUUGUGUGAACAUUUGCGGGUCACGUGCUCGGAUGAUUAUCUUGAUAAAUGCAGUAAUAUUAUGUAUGGUGCACCUUCAGUGACCAGAGACAAAGUUAUUUGGACUGAAGAACAGAAGAGACGAGUUACGCAAAAGAUGAAGGAGUUUCCAUUUCUUAGAGAUUAUUCGUUCGAUGUAUAUCCAGAGUGA